AUGGGUACAGAUAUACUAUCCAAAUUAAUCAAAAUUACUACAGGAGAGAAUGAAGGUGGUACAGGAGGCGAAUCGCCACAAAAUGGGUUGUCUUACCAGUCAAUUUCAUAUUUAACAUUUGAAGCUAUACUAGAGGUUGUGAUCAUCUGUUUUGCCGGGUUUGUGGCUGCUAAGAGUGGGAUUUUGAAUAUCCAGGCUCAAAAGGUGAUUUCCCAAUUGAAUGUGGACUUGUUUACACCGUGCUUGGUUUUCACGAAAUUGGCUCCUUCGUUAUCGUUUGAGAAGAUGGUUGAUAUUCUUAUCAUACCGAUAUUCUACGCCGUAUCGACCGGAAUUUCGUAUGGGUGUUCACAGGUGGUUGGGUGGCUGCUCAGCUUAAAUGACCCGGAAACAGACUUCAUUACGGCCAUGGCGGUGUUUGGGAAUUCCAAUUCGCUUCCGGUUUCGUUGACGUUGUCGUUGGCUACGACAUUACCCAACUUACUUUGGGAUGACAUUGAGGACGAUACACCCGACAAGGUUGCAUCAAGAGGUAUACUAUACUUGUUAAUAUUUCAGCAAUUGGGCCAGGUGUUGCGGUGGUCAUGGGGUUAUAACAAGCUUUUGCGAAAACGGUCGCCGGAAGAGAUGAAUACAUAUUCUAAGCCACCUUAUAACGACGAUCAAGAGGGCAGUAUCUACGAUGGUGACGAACAGAGACCUUUACUUACCAGUGGUGAUAUACAUGGAGCACAUUUUUCCACAAUUGAUGGUGUUGGUGAAGAUUUCACCAGUACCACAGCUGUGAAAAACGAUUCGCAGAGCUUGGUAUCCAAAACACCUAGAACCGACUCAUCUAGCAGUAUCCUGACGCAUGGCUCUCAGUCAUAUUCUGUCGAUAAUGCUUUGACAGAACAAAUUGACGACGAAAGCGACACAGAUCAAGCAUCAACUGACCUUCAUAAGAAAAGUGCCCGUAUAUACCAGUUAUGGUACACGUUGAAGAGAUUGCCAGUCAUCAAGAAAUUUUUAGCAUUCAUGAAUCCACCGUUAUAUGCCAUGCUAAUUUCGGUUGUUGUGGCAUGUGUUCCUGCUUUGCAAAGGGAAUUUUUCGUAGACGAGGAUUCUUUCAUUCAUAAUACGCUUUCGCAGUCAAUACAUCUGUUGGGUUCAGUUUCUAUUCCCCUUAUUUUAAUUGUUCUUGGUUCGAAUUUAUACCCUUCCAAAGACAUGCCCCCACCAUCGAGACAUUACAAGCGUAUCGUGAUUGGAUCAUUACUCUCAAGAAUGAUACUACCUCCGUUUAUCUUGUUGCCUAUUAUUACUCUUUGUGUCAAGUUCUUUAAGAUCUCCAUUUUGGACGAUCCUAUAUUCUUGAUUGUUGCAUUUAUUUUGACCAUUUCGCCUCCAGCCAUUCAAUUGUCGCAAAUCACGCAAUUGAACAAUAUUUACCAGAAUGAGAUGUCUGGGGUGUUGUUUUGGGGUUACGUUAUAUUAACGUUACCAACUACCAUUUUUAUAGUAGUUACAAGUUUAGAGGUAUUGAAAUGGGCUACUUCAUAG